AUGUCGUCCGACUCGCACUCGCAUUCUCACGACCACGGCCACGAUCAUACUCAUGACCAUGACCAUGAUCAUGACCACGACCACUCUCACAGCCACACACACACGGGCCCAGCACACCUUUUCCAAGCGACGUCGUCGACCGACUUACCUCCAGACGACUGGCGCGAGUCCGGUGUGCGCGUGAUCCCCGGAGACAGCCUGGACGCCAACACGGCGCAGACGCCGGGCAUGAACCGCGCCGCGGCGGUCAACAUGGCGCGCGUGGGGGCCCAGAGGCUCUGGGCCGGGACGGUCAAGAUCCACCCCAACGCCAAAACGGGCGCGCACCACCACGGGCACCUCGAGAGCGUCAUCUACGUCGUCAAGGGCAAGGCGCGGAUGCGCUGGGGCGACAGCCUCCAGUUCACGGCCGAGGCCGGGCCCGGCGACUUCAUCUACGUGCCCCCUUACGUGCCGCAUCAGGAGAUCAACGCCAGAGAGGACGAGGAGUUGGAGUGCGUGCUCAUGAGGAGCGACGGGGAGGCCAUCGCGGUGAAUCUGCCGGACGUGGUCCCCGUCGAGAACCCGGAGGGCGUCAAGUGGAUUGAUCCCACACAUCCUACGGGUGGGGUAUAG